AUGCGGGCUGAUUGGCAGAUCCCUGGUGUCUCCCUCGCAAUUGUACAAAUGGAUGGGGCAGGAAAGUGGAAACAGCAGACAGUCGGUUUAGGAAGGAUGGAUUCGAAAGGGAAUCAGGUGACUGAUCAGACGCUAUUUACACUUGCUUCUAAUUCGAAACACUUCACUGCAAUCGCUGCUGGUCUGGCUCUAUCGCAAAGGGGGCUGACCUGGGAGGCACCUGUGCAGUCUUUGAUACCAUCAUUCCAGCUGAUGGACAAAGAAGCUCAGGAAAAGGUUACGUUCAUCGAGUUGUUGAGCCAUCAAUCUGGACUCCCGAGACAUGAUCUCUCAUACGAUGCAAAGGUUACGGUCGAGGACAUGAUCAGUUCGCUAGGCCACCUGAAACCAUCAGCGCCCAUGAAGACUCUGUGGCAGUACAAUAACAUCACUUAUGCAGCCGCUUCUCACCUGCCCAAACAAUUAUUGGGGCAGAACUUUGAUGACUUUGUGAAGGACAAUAUCUGGAAACCGCUUGGGAUGGAAAACACUUUCUACGAUAUCGAAGCGGCCAGAGCGACGGGACACCUCGUCAGCGGCUUCGCUCGUCGAAUCACAAGCGACAGGACUGGGAUCGAGGACGCCGAUGUCUCAGAGGUCUUGUCGCGCCUUGAUAAUUCUGUUGGUAGCUCAAGCUUUCUCUCGUUGCAGGUGAUCUGGUUGAAGACGCUGUUGUUGAACGGUCGGAACCCUGAAACAGAUGAACAGGUUAUCCCACAGUCUAUUCUUGAGGAUACAGUCAAACCUCAGCUCCAGAUGAAGUCUAAAUCAGAUGAUCCAGAAAUGACUGUACCCAUGUAUGGACUGGCUCAAUGGACCUACAAAUAUAGAGGCUUUGACAUUGUGGAACAUACAGGAGCUAUGCCGGGUCAAAAAUCACUCAUCAUGAGGCUGCCUGAAAAGAUGAUGGGCAUAGUGAUCAUGGUGAACGAUCAGCAGCUGGGGAAGUUGUUCAAUGAGGUGGCAAAGUGGAGAAUUGUAGACGAUCUGCUUGGAUUGAAACCGAUCGAUUUCAAAACUAGAUAUCUAGACGAGAGGAAGCUGAAGCAAAGGGAAAGCAAGCCACCUCAGCCUGCGCCUCCUACUCAUGGCUUCGCUUCCAUACCAGGAGUGUAUUGCCACCCGGCUUACGGAAAUAUCGAGCUACGUCCCCUUACAUCGACAUCCCACCAAGAUGCUCUGCAAGACAAGACGCCUUGGACGUUUGUGGUAGACUCUGAUAAAUCCUGGGUGAAAGAAUACCUGUUUGAACACUUUGAUGGUGAUGUGUUUGAUGUCACUGCUAAAUUGGUUUACCCCAAGACGGAUGCGGUGAUAUGGGACAUCAGCGGGAUAGGUAUCAGAGCUAACUUCGGAGAAGGUGGGGUAGGGUUCCAGCAUAUCUGGGGUGCGGGAGAGGGAAUCCCUGACGGGGACAUGGAGAGAGAUGGGAUUAGGAACGGAGCAGAGGUGUUCUUUGCUAAAGUGUGA